UAUUCAUAGAUUCUAUUCGUAACGUCAAGUCGUGCACAGUGUAUUCUUAUUCGUUCGCAUUAGCAUUCGCUCCCACAGAAACAGAAUUGUGAAUGUGAGCGAACAUUCAAUCGAUACGCGAUAAAGUAGACAUGCAUUGUUGACUCAAUGGUCUCGUUCUCUCAACUUGCAUUUGAAUGUGUUUAAAAAAAUUCCUCAAAUCAACCAUUUCAUUCACUCUGCAUAAAUUCUCGUCUGCAUUGAAAUGAGCGAGCAAUAAUUUUUCCAUUCUUGUUCGUUAUUUUAGUGUAAGUUCAGUUGUCGACUUUGACUGACGUCGACGUAGACGACGACGCGACGCGUCUGAUUGCGAAUACAAUAUACAUCCAACCAUUUUAAGAUUUAAUUAAUAACAAAUCAAUGGCGGAUCCCGAUUAUUUAUCAAAAGCCACUAAACGAAAACGCUUCCAUUACGCAAAAUACGUUAAUUACGAUAAAGAGCGAAACAUAUCGGAAUGCUUGGUGUGCCGCAAACAAUUGAAAUCUCUGUCCACGGGCAACAUAAAGCGUCACUACCUGAAGCUGCACGACAGAAAUCUCGAUACAGAUGCCGACAGCAGAAUCCGGUCGUUUCCCCUUCGAAAAUUUUGCAAAUUCAAACCGAGCAUGGGCAUGAAUAAGAGUGAAUUCUUAACGUGCUGUGUUGGGUUGGUUGCUGUGAGAAAUAUUCCCAUUUCAUUGUUCGACGAUGAGGAUUAUUUUAAGAAAUUGUUUGCGCCAUUCGAGGAGGAAUUCAAGAUGACGUUGAGUUCGAAGAAUAUCAGGGGCUAUUUGAAUGGGGCUGUGAGUGAGUUGAGGAGCAUUAUAUCGGAUGAGAUACGAGCGAAGUUGGUUUGUUUAAAAUUUGAAGUUGUCACUCGUGGGGAGAGGGGUUUUCUGGUUAUGAACAUUCAAUACAUUGAGGAUUUCAAAAUAGUUGUUCAGACAAUUGGUGUGGUGGAAAUGGUUAAGAAUCAGGAGACAGAUAUGCAACAUAUCUUGAGGAAUAUGAACGAAUGUGGUUUGGAUGAUUCGUUUAUUUAUUCAAGCUGUUCGGAUACAUGCACUAACCUCUAUAUCCCCGAGUUGAAGGGCGAUGACAGUGCCAAGAACGACAGAGAGUGGAACGUGGAAUAUGAGAAGAUGCAUUCGAAUAUAACGGAUAUUGUGAAGUGUCCUUCGCAGACUCUUCAUGUGGCAGCAAGAACUGUGAUCGCAGAUCUGGGAGAUAAAAUAGAUAAAUGUCGAAGAAGUGUGCUAAGCUUGCAGUCGAUUUCUUCUCCAAACGUCGAAGAUCUUCAAAUGCCAGUUCUUGAUAUAUCCACACGAUGGUUGUCAACAUUCAAUAUGAUUGAAUCGUUGUCUAAAAUGAAGAAAUUCAUUGAUGGUCUGGAACAAUCGUUCGAAAUUGAUUGGACGUUUGUAGGGAAGUUUGCGGCAGCAUUUAAGCCUUUAGUGGAAUGUUUGGAGAAGCUCCAUGAGGUGAACUAUAUUGUGGGUGACUUCUAUCGUGAUUGUCUUUGCUGUGAAAUAGAGUUGGAAGAACUGGGUGGAACCAAUAUGUACGCCAAUCUAUUACUCAAAGAAUUGAAGGCUGGAAAGGCAAAACUUUUGGAGAAUGGAGCUUUUCUUGCGGCCUUAUACCUUGACCAAAGGUUCAAUUUCAUAAAGACACCUUUUUUGACCGAGGAACAGCAACAUUUUGCUUUGGAACACCUUAUGACAACAGUUUUGAAUCUCAAACGACCCACGGUCAAAGAUGAAUAUUCCAGCGAUGAAGGUGAACGUUCAAUGGAUGUCACAAUUGACAAUGAUCCAUUCGUCAAACUCGAAGAGCGAACAAAAUCAAUGAUUGGCUCCUUAACACCAUCAAAAGGCAAAACUAUCAAAGAGAAAUUAGAUUGUUUGCGAUUUGGGGAAAGACUUUCGUUCCAUGUUGAUAUUUUAAAUCAUUGGAAAUGUUUGACUUAUGAAGAUUUUGAAAUGAAACAAUUGAUAGAAGUUGUAUUGGCGUGUCCUUGUACACAAUCAUCCAUGGAAAUGACAAUGAAAGAAUUUUCAAAUGUUUUACUAAAUGCAGAUGCAAAUGUUUUAUCGAAUAAAUCAUUAACAAAUAUUUUAAUGUCAAGACUUAAUGCAAAUAUUUUGAAUUUUAUCAAUUUGGAUACAAAAAAUGAUGAUAUUAGUGGGUAAGGGGGGAAAAAGGGAUGACAUGUAUUGAUUAAAUGUAUUUUAUUGUGUGUAUUAAAAUAUCAUACAAUUUAUUUGGUAUUAUUAUCAAACAAAAUAAAACAACAUUUUGUAAAAUUUG